AUUUUGCAGAUUAACACUGGAGUGAUAAAUUAUCAGAUGGUCAUGUGCAGGUAGAGAUAUUGGUGUGCAAAAGAGCAGAAAAGUAAAUAAAUAAAAACAGUAUGGGGAUGAGGUAGGUAAAAAUAAACAGGAUUUGUCUAGGACACCCAAUGGACAGACGGGACAGGAGUGAAAUGACGUCCUGAGUUAACUACACUCCAGGACUUGAACACUUCAGGCAUUGAGGACAAACAGGUGACAGGGAUGAAGACUGUGUUGAGCUCGUGUGGUUCUGUGACGCUUCUCAAGAAGCCUGAUCCUCCCUGCCUCUGGCCACAACCCAAGUGUCCUGACAUUAAACAUCCUGAUCCUCCCUGCCUCUGGUCACAACCCAAGUGUCCUGACAUUACACAUCCUGAUCCUCCCUUCCUCUGGUCACAACCCAAGUGUCCUGACAUCAUUAAACAUCCUGAUCCUCCCUGCCUCUGGUCACAACCCAAGUGUCCUGACAUUACACAUCCUGAUCCUCCCUUCCUCUGGUCACAACCCAAGUGUCCUGACAUCAUUAAACAUCCUGAUCCUCCCUGCCUCUGGCCACAACCCAAGUGUCCUGACAUCAUUAAACAUCCUGAUCCUCCCUGCCUCUGGCCACAACCCAAGUGUCCUGACAUCAUUAAACAUCCUGAUCCUCCCUGCCUCUGGCCACAACCCAAGUGUCCUGACAUCAUUAAACAUCCUGAUCCUCCCUGCCUCUGGCCACAACCCAAGUGUCCUGACAUCAUUAAACAUCCUGAUCCUCCCUGCCUCUGGUCACAACCCAAGUGUCCUGACAUCAUUAAACAUCCUGAUCCUCCCUGCCUCUGGCCACAACCCAAGUGUCCUGACAUCAUUAAACAUCCUGAUCCUCCCUGCCUCUGGUCACAACCCAAGUGUCCUGACAUCAUUAAACAUCCUGAUCCUCCCUGCCUCUGGCCACAACCCAAGUGUCCUGACAUCAUUAAACAUCCUGGACAUAGACUCUACCCUACUGAACACAGACCAUCACUACUGACAUUAAACAUGUUCAGGACCAUGUUCAGUAGACUCAAAUGGGACAAACACAUUUACACGUGGGAGGUACUACCAGAAUUGAGCAAAUCCGAAACGCUGAAAAAUUUAUUUUUGUUGAUUCUUUGUAUUUUGUCUCAUUGGUUGUUUUUCCUCCUUGUUUAGGAGCUGCUACAGUGUUUCCCAGACCCCAAGUCCCCUCCUUUACCAGUGUUUCCCAAGUCCCCCCCUUUACCAAUGUUUCCCAAGUCCCCCCCUUUACCAGUGUUUCCCAAGUCCCCCCCUUUACCAGUGUUUCCCAAGUCCCCCCCUUUACCAGUGUUUCCCAAGUCCCCCCCUUUACCAGUGUUUCCCAAGUCCCCCCCUUUACCAGUGUUUCCCAGACCCCAAGUCCCCCCCUUUACCAAUGUUUCCCAAGUCCCCCCCCUUUACCAGUGUUUCCCAAGUCCUCCCCUUUACCAGUGUUUCCCAAGUCCUCCCCUUUACCAAUGUUUCCCAAGUCCUCCCCUUUACCAGUGUUUCCCAAGUCCUCCCCUUUACCAGUGUUUCCCAAGUCCUCCCCUUUACCAGUGUUUCCCAAGUCCUCCCCUUUACCAAUGUUUCCCAAGUCCCCCCUUUACCAGUGUUUCCCAAGUCCUCCCCUUUACCAGUGUUUCCCAAGUCCUCCCCUUUACCAAUGUUUCCCAAGUCCUCCCCUUUACCAAUGUUUCCCAAGUCCUCCCCUUUACCAAUGUUUCCCAAGUCCUCCCCUUUACCAGUGUUUCCCAAGUCCCCCCCUUUACCAGUGUUUCCCAAGUCCCCCCCUUUACCAGUGUUUCCCAAGUCCCCUCCUUUACCAGUGUUUCCCAGCCCCCUGUCCUGUCCCCCCCCUUAUGUUUCCCAGACCCCAAGUCCUGUCCCCCCCUUUACCAAUGUUUCCCAGACCCCUGUCCUGUCCCCCCCCUUAUGUUUCCCAGACCCCAAGUCCUGUCCCCCCCUUUACCAAUGUUUCCCAGACCCCAAGUCCUGUCCCCCCCUUUACCAAUGCUUCCCAUACUUGGAGCUUUGGGUUUGUCCCAACUGGCACCCUAUUCCCUAUAUAGUGCACUACUUUUGACCAGAGCCAUAAGGAGUGCAUUAUUUAGGGAAUAGGCAGCUAGUUGGAACACACAGCCUUUAAUACAAACUUCAUUGGUGAAGCAAUGGGUCUGUCAACCAACAGGAAGCUUGUAGUGACAGUCUUUUUUACAACUGAUGAAGGCUAAUUCAGUCCACCAUUUUGUUCCCCCUCAGCCCUCCUGACCUCCCUCAUGAUGAAGGCUAAUUCAGUCAACCAUUUUGUUCCCCCUCAGCCCUCCUGACCUCCCUCAUGAUGAAGGCUAAUUCAGUCCACCAUUUUGUUCCCCCUCAGCCCUCCUGACCUCCCUCAUGAUGAAGGCUAAUUCAGUCCACCAUUUUGUUCCCCCUCAGUCCUCCUGACCUCCCUCAUGAUGAGGGCUAAUUCAGUCCACCAUUUUGUUCCCCCUCAGCCCUCCUGACCUCCCUCAUGAUGAAGGCUAAUUCAGUCCACCAUUUUGUUCCCCCUCAGCCCUCCUGACCUCCCUCAUGAUGAAGGCUAAUUCAGUCCACCAUUUUGUUCCCCCUCAGCCCUCCUGACCUCGUCUCUCUGCUGAUUUAGUUGUCUUCACAACAGAGCCAUUGUGACACAGGGUAUUGAUGAUCAUCAACCACCCGUUUGUUUUAUGAGAUAUGCGUUACCCUAAUCAAUACAAUCAUCAAUCAUGCAAAUAUCCGCCAUUGAUUAAUGCUGUAUGUUUUAAACUGUAUCCAUUUGGUUUAUGAUUGUAGAUAUAAUUAGUUUUAAAAUAAAGAGCUUUAGUCUGUGAA